GUAGUGCUUCUGGUUACCAGAGGGACGGCGUUCCUGAGGUAGGAGGGCUCAGGACCGGCGGCUCCUUCCACUUUCAGAGAAGCUGUGGCGGUGGGAGAGGCCCCUCCCCCUUGGGGGACAGUGGGUGACGCUGAGAGUGUCAGUGCUCUGAUGACGGGACACUAGCUCCCAGUUUCCGCCCGGCAGAAUAUCAAUGGAUAUAAUAAAAGGAAACUUAGACAGAAUUUCAAAACCAGCCUCAAAUUCAAGAGUAUGUCCUGGGAGCAGAGGUUCAAAUGCUUCUUUGGAGGUGCUCUCACCAGAACCAGGGUCCUUCAAGGUUGGUACUGCAGUCAAUUUGAACUCUGGUAAACAGAGCCACUCAGAAAGCAAUAAUACAGAGGAAAAUAGAAACAGUAAUGAUGAUAAAGGGGAAGACUACUCUGAGAAAAUACAGUUGGCUGAAGAGGGGUCAGAUGAAGAUCUGAACUUGGUUCAACAUCAGAUAAUCCCUGAAUGUUCAGAUGAAUCUGAAUUAAAAGAAUUAGAUUCUCAACUUCAAGAUGCUAUUCAGAAGAUGAAGAGGCUUGAUAAGAUAUUGGUGAAGAGACAAUGUAGAGAAAAAGAAAUUAAGAAGCGAGGUCUAGAAUUGAGAAUAAAGCUGUGGGAAGAACUGAAGUCUGCAAAAAAUAAUGAAGCUUUGCAAAGUAAUGAGGAGAUGGAAAAUACAAAAAAAUUUCUAGCUUUGACUGCUGCAUCAGAAGAAACUGUUGAUCCUUCUUGCUAUGAGCAUGAAGAUACUUUUUUCCCAGUGUUUCACACUCAAGUCCCUCCAGAAGAAUAUGAAAACCGUAUACAGAAUGUCAGUCAAGAUUUUACCUAUGAUGUGGAAAGAAAUGAGUCAUUGAUCAAAGCAGAAAAGAAACCUGUCUCAAACACAGAAAAGACUGAGCUCAGGGGUAAACACAGCCAGGAUUUUAUUAAGCGAAACAUUGAGUUGGCCAAGAAUUCAGGAAAACCAGUGGUUAUGAUUGACAGAGAGAAGAAAAGACUGGUUGAACUUUUGAAGGAUUUGGAUGAUAGAGAUUCGGGGCUGUCCAGUUCUGAGGGAGAUCAGUCUGGCUGGCUGGUCCCAGGAGAAGGAUACACACUUGCAGUCACCCAGCAUCAGCAGCUUGCUGAAAUUGAUAUGAAACUCAAAGAACUCUCUGCAGCCUCCCCCGCAAUUUCCAGCUCUUCUUCAAGACUUGAACAUCAGAAUGAUGAGGAGCCUGACCUUACUGGUGAUGAUAAAAAUAUGGAAAUAACUCCAGGAGAAAAGGUACUUCAGAACACCAAAGAGCAACGGGAUCAGCAGAAUCGGUUGAAAGAGAUAGAUGAAGAGCUAAAAAAGAUGAAGGAAAAUGUGUUAGAUUCAACAUCACUUCUCUCUGAGGAACAGUUAAGGCGUCUUCUGGAUGAAUGCACAUUCAAACAAAAAUCCAUAAUUAGACUGUCUUCAGAAGGAGAAAAGAAAGACAUUGUGGAUAUCACACCUGAGUUUCCCCAGCUUUCCAGAUCCGUUCUCUCUGAGUCACAAAAUCGGUCAAAAACAAAGGUCAAAAGCACUGAGGUGGAAGAUGUAAAUAUGCAUGAGAAUGCAGAAUGUGAAACAUCUAGAGGCUACUAUCUCACCAAAGCCUUGACAGGGCAUUAUAUGUCACAAGCUCUUGUCAUUGAAGCAGAGAAUAUGAGAUGCCUCCAGUUUUCUGAGGACAAGGUUAUUAGUGACACAACAGACUAUUUUAUGUCAAAGACUCUUGGCAUUGGAAGACUGAAAAGACCCUCUUUCUUGGAUGAUCCACUGUAUGGCAUCGAUGUGAGCCUUUCUUCCGAAGACCAACAUCUGAAACUUAGCUCUCCAGAGAAACCAAAACCAGAUGAACGGGAGACUGAAGAUAUGACAGAAGAAUGUAAAGAAUCUUAAGCAAAGACUUGCUGGGGUGUGCUUUUAAGAAAGUUGGUAAAUUAAGUUUAAUCACAUUUUUUUCCAGAUUCUUUGAAUUCAAUGAAUGCAUUGUAGAGGCCGUUCCUCAAAUGAUGGUUUUCAUGUUUGGAUUUCUCUCUUUCUGGAUCACAUUUCCUUGAUAUUUUUGAGAGUUGUGGUAUAAUUGCUCAGUGGUUUUUCUUCAUUGAAAUUCCUGGGGAAAUUGAUUUUUAUUGCUAAUCUUGCAACAUGAGGGAUGUGUUAGAGAAACCAACAUUCUGUGUAUGUGUGCGAUGUUAAAACUAGUUGAAGUGCUCUGGUUGUUUUGUAUUUCGUUUUAUAUGUUACCACUUUAUUGUGAUUUAGACAGAUUUAAUCACCAUGAAUUGUAGCUUUGUCCCUGAUUUCUCUCCUUUCCUCCUCUGUAAUGCCUGUUAAGUAAGUACAACUUGCCAUGGACAGAAAGGAAUUUUCUCAACAAAGCAAUGUUAGGUUGUCCUUUACUAUCUUAUUAGCAGUGGUCCUUUUCCUAAGCAGAAGUUUGACUGAAUUAUUUGACGUAUUACUUCCAGUUUGUUAUCUUCUUUCAGUUUGCCUUUUAGAAUGCAGCAAAUAAAGAUCAACUACUUUAAAAAAAAUCUGCAGUACUAUUUUAAGAGAGAGGGUUUGUCAGUUACAAGUCAGGAACCUGGAUUCAUGAGGACAUUUUUUGUCAACAUUCCAUACCAUAAAUUGGCAUUGGAAGGAGAAGUCCAAUUUAUUUCUGAUUUCAAAAAAAAAAAAAAAAAAAGAUCUGGCUAUUGUGUUGUAUUUAAUGAAAUUUGGAAUAGUGGGUGGGUAACAUUAUUAUUUUUUGCUGGCACAUUUUCAUCUACCUGUGUUGGAUAAUGUUAUAGAUUGCUUAUGUCACAUUUCCUUGACUUUUUAAAAUGAUGAUGUCUGUAGCUACUAUUUUCAGAGGACUUGAUAGUCAAUUUCUUUUUCAAACCUUCUUUUUCAGUUUAUAUUCAUGGUUCUUGUUGAUAUCAAUGUGCUACAGUGUAAUUUAUCUCAAUGCCAAGAGUUUUGCUGUGAGGUGCCCGCAGUGGUUAAAAGUCAUGAUGAUAGACUCAUCAGAAUGACGUGUGUGUUGUAGGAUUUGGGUCAGAACAGUCAGAGGGGAGAGGUGAUGUGGAUGGGGAUUUGUCGUGAUGAUAAGAGAGGAGCCAUUUUUGCCCAUAAGCUUUUCAGAGGAGCUCAGCUUUCUCAACCCAUGUGUUUCUGGUAUUUGACGUGUGUGUGUGUGUGUGUGUGUGUGUGUGUGUGUGUGUAAACCAGGGAGGGAGGGAGAGUGUGAAAGAGGGAGAGAAGGGGAGAGCGAGAUAGAUGGUGGAGAGAGAGCUAUGGCUUUAUAAUGUGUUUCUGCAGAUGGUAUUUGGGGCAUAGAGAGCCUUUUAUGUUAUAAGAGUUUAAGAGAAGGGAAGGAAGACAGAAUGAUCUUAAGUAAUGACUUUUACCAUUAAAAGAGAUAACACCAUUCCAUAGCAUAUCAGCUGAAGGUACCUCUAACAAAGACUGGCAUGCUGAAUUUGUAUUAUAUAUUUAACAUAAAGGUUCCAAAUUAAAAAAAAAAAAUUACCCUGAUAGGGAAAGAAAGUGUCAUUUUUAAAAAACAGUGUUUUUAUUUUAAGGUUCCUUCUAGACCUGAGUGCCCUAGAACAAGAUAGAGAAGAAAAAGUAUGAAAGUGGAAGAGCUAAUUCAUUUCAGGAAUGAAUUUAGGGUCUUAAAAUGUGAGGUUUUUCUACUUAUGACUUCUUAAGAAAAUUGCUGGCACCACCUUUAUUGUAAAUUCCCAUAGUACCUAAAGUUUACUGCCCUUCUGUUCAACUCUCUGAAACGCAUGGUAAUAAACUCCUGUAGAAGGAGAAAGCUAUCACCUUGAUGGUAUAAUUUUAAUUUUUAACAAGUCCUUUAUUUCAGUACAACCUGAUUCGAAGGUCAGUCAUGGAAUGGAACAUGGAGCAAGCCUGGGAACAAAGCUCCUGCUCCAAGACACUUUUUCUGUCCCAUGUCAAUAUUUUCAGUUACUUUUGUUCUGCUACUUAAAAGUGAAUUAGGAUUCUCUCCCAAGACUUCACGUGUUGAGCUGCUCUGAGAAUGAAUGAUGUCAUGUUUCAAGGAAUGAUUUCUUUCAAAUCAGUUUUUCCAGAUUCUAUAACCAACACAGUCUAGUUCCUUAUUCUUCACCUGGGUACCAUAAAAUGAUUUGGCAAUUUAUACUUAUAUAUGAUUAUGCUACCCUAGGUAGAUGUUUCUAGAAUGAGAGAGAAAAAUCAACAAGGGAAAAAGAUUCUAUCUCACUCAGCCAGUCCUUUUUGUGUUUAAUGGACCUCAAAGCAAGACCUUGAACCUCCACAUAAAAUUUCUUACUCUACCUGUUCUUAAUAUUUGUGGUUAGCCCACCUGAAAUUCAGGGUCUGCUUAUGUAAGGCUUUGGCUUUCUUUUCACAAAAUAAUUUGAUAUUUUAUACAUUUACAUAUUUUUAGGAUUUCCAAAUCCUACCUUUCUCUUUGGUCAUCUUUUUUUUUUUUGCCUAUGUUUUAUUUCAGAGGUUAAUAUCUGAUACUUUAAUUUUUUAGUUGAAAUAUAGUAAGUUUAUAACAUUGCAUCAAUUUCUGGUGUACAGCAUAAUGUUUCAGUCAUACAUAUACAUACAUACAUUCCUUUUCAUAUUAUUUUUUCAUUAUAGGUUACUACAAGGUAUUGAAAAUAGUUCCCUAUGCUAUACAGUAUAAACUUGUUGUUUAUCUAUUUUAUGUAUAGUAGUUAGUAUCUGCAAGUCUUGAACUCCCAAUUUAUCCCUUCCCACCCCCUUUCCCUCUGGUAACUGUAAGUUUUCUGUUUCUGAGUCUGUUUCUGUUUUGUAAAUAAGCUCAUUUGUGUCAUUUUUUAAGAUUCCAUAUGUAAAUGAUAUCAUAUGAUGUUUCAGUAUUUUUCUUUCUCUUUCUGGCUUACUUCACUUAGAAUGACCAUCUCCAGGUCCAUCCAUGUUGCUGCAAAUGGCAUUAUUUUAUUCUUUUUAAUGGCCGAGUAGUAUUCCAUUAUAUAUAUAUACUGCAACUUUAUCCAGUCAUCUGUUGAUGGACGUUUAGGUUGCUUCCAUGUCUUGGCUAUUGUAAAUAGUGCUGCUACAAGCAUUGGGGGGCAUAUAUCUUUUCAAAUUAGAUUUUCCUCUGGAUAUAUGCUUAGGAGUGGGAUUGUUGCAUCAUAUGGUAAUUCUAUUUUUAGUUUUUUGAGAAAUCUCCAUACUAUUUUCCAUAAUGGCUGCACCAAACUACAUUCCCAUCAACAGUGUAGGAGGGUUCCCUUUUCUCCACACCCUUUCUAGCAUUUAUCAUUUGUGGACUUUUUAGUGAUUUGGUCAUCUGUUUUUGACCAAAAGUAUAUCCAUUCUCCAAAAGGUGAUAUCUAUAGAGUUUGACCCAACUUUUCAAGGAUGAUUCCUCCUUCAUUAACUUUUAUGAAGCCUUCCCACAAUAUGCGGUUGUGUUUCCCACCCACUGCCUUCAUUCAUUGGUCAGAAAAUGUAGCUGGGAGAGCUGUGUGUACCUCACUCCUGUUUUCCUUUUUCAUUGUUUUUAGAAACAGAACUGGGCUUUGAAAAAGAUUCAACAGAUGACAUUUAAUGAUAUUAGUAAAAUCUGAAAUUGUACCCUUUUAGGUCCCACUUCUUGGUGGAGGGGUACUUUUUUCUUUGCUAUGUUUUUAAUAUGACAAGCUAAUUUGUUGUUUUGUUCUUUUAUUCCACAAAUCCAGCAAAUACGUAGUCUAAGCAACUAAAUCUUCCCUAAAUUGUAUAAGAACUAUGAAUAUGUUCACUGUUACUUACUAUAAUUUUUUUGUGGGUAUGCUAUGGUGGUAUAAGGAUGGAAUUUACCCAUACCUCAUAACAUAAAGCCAGAAAACAAAUAAACACGGAUACAGUAAGUAUAAAUAUAAAUUUCCAUAUGAUUUAUUGUUGUUCCUUGUACAUAAGAAACAGUAAUAUACAACUUACACUGCUUUAGAAUGUAAAAUGGAUAAAAAUGUGUACAAAAAAGCACAUUCCUAGAAAAGAAUUGGCAAAUAGUAAAAAUGGGGGGAUUAACAAGCAAAAAACAAAUCAACAAAACAAAAAGAAAAACGAACAUUUCUUCAAUUCAGUGUGCAAACAUUUUAUAAAAAUAGAAAUACUAACUCUACACAGUAUUUCCUGAUAAAUUAUUUAAAUAGCAUAUCUACACAAUCUGAGAUAUCUAUUCCAAUGGCAAUGAGAAAAUAAUUUAUAAAAAUAAAGCAAUGGUAUACAAGAUGAUAGGAAAAAACAACUUUCAGAAAACGUAUUUAACAUUUCAAUGCUAUUUCCUUAUUGGGAAUACUUUUUCUGUGAAGAAUUUUUAUACUAUGUACAACAUUGACUUUUUUUUAGGUACUACAGUAGCUUUAAGUUUGUUAGACACUUAAACUCUUUCUGCUUGAUCCCAAAAUUCUUUACUCAGUCACACAACAAAUGAGGUAAUAUUUGUAUAUAAGUUUCACCUUUGUCAUUUUCUUCUUUUGGAAAAAGGAAAAAAUAAUAAGUGUAGAUGCUUUUCGUCUCCCUGGAAAUAGGCACAAGGGAUGGGGUAAGAAAACAGUAUUAAAGUCCUCCUGGCUUUCUUUGCAAACUAAAAACCCUUGCAAAUGGACAACCAGCUAAUUCCACUUGAAAAAAAACAAAACAGGGGGAAAAUAAAGAAGCCCAAAUCAUUGAGUCUAAGCCUAAAGUGAGGAGCAGCUUGCUCUGAUUUUCUUGUGCCGUUCCUGUGAGGGAUUUGCUGAUAAAUCUCAACCACCUGCUCUCAAACACUUUCCAUAUGAAACCUAGAUUCCAGGUAGAACAGAGUUAAUAAAUAAUCUGUAUUUACAAUCUUACAGUCGUGAAGACUUGUAGCAAAGAUGAUAGGGAUAGUCCUUACACUUCUUCCUGUCCCGUGAAUAAUCUUUCAGACAGAUCCUCCAGAAAAAGUAAAAAAUAAAUAUUUUACACUGUAAAGUGUUUGCAAAACAAAACAAAACAAAACAAGACUACAGUCCAAAAGAGAACAUUGGAAAACUCCAUAAUAUUCAGAAAAAAAAAGAGAGAAAAGGAAUGUUUUAGUUAAGUUGAUAAUUUUGUGCCUUUCUAACCAUAAAAAUACAA